AACAAUGCUGGUGACAUCGUCAGCUUUGACGAUCGAGCUGAACAUGGAAUUCUUUCGUUGGCCCUGCGAGAUCGCAGAGGGCGUGAGAGAAACAGAGUGAUUUUUUUCUUUUCGCAAGUCGGUAUUUCAGACCGUGGGACACGAAGCAGGAUACAACGGUCGUGUCUAUGGAGCAGGCUAGUCAAUGGCGAUAGGAAACGAAAGAGCGAGCUUUUUGGAACACCCCGGAAAAGUGUCGUCAGUUUUUUAUUGCGGGUGCGAUGGAGUGGUGGGGGAUCGGUGUGACCAAUGAGCCGGCAAAAAGCGGGUCCUGCGCGAUGCGCGUGGCGCGCUGCGCCGCAUAAUCUUGCGUAUCAGUGAUCGGCAGUGCCAUCCAGAAGGCAGAAGGUUACGGGUUCUAACGUGGUGAAAUUUAAAGGGUCCGUUAUUGGUGUGCGAUCGGUGAAAAAAAAAAAAAAAAAGAAAGACGGAAGUUAAACGGUGUGAGGGGGGAUAAGAGGGCGCACGAUAAUAGGUGCACGAUACUCGCGAGUGUCGGGGGAUCUAGUGUCGAGCCAUCAUGGCGAAUCCACGAAAGUUCAGUGACAAGAUCGCGCUACACAAACAGAAGGAAGCGCAGGAAAGAGCAGCGUUCGAGGCGAUCAUGCGGGAAGUUUCGGAUGUCACAAGCAGAGUCGCCUCGGCGAGCAGUUCGGUGUGCGCCAGCCCCACGGGAUCAUCCGGGGUACUGGAGACCCCGCUGUCGGUGAAGAGUGCCGGCGCCAGUCCACCGCAGUCCAGCGGCAAACACCUGCACAUUAACCUGGGAAAUCAGUUCAGGGCGGGUGGCUCGCUGCCGAAUGUUAACAACAACGCGAAUUGCGGCAAUGACGCGAAAGAGCACGCAUCGUCGCACAACGCAGCUAUCCACUCGAUCGACCUUAAGGUAUAUUGGUCAUCUAACAAAAUCGUGUCAGAUCUAGUUUUGUUUUUCUUUUUUUUCUGUUUCUUUUUUUCUUUGUUCUUUCAUCUUUAUAUCCCCUUUUUUUCUGUACACACGUACACGAACGUAUGUAUGUUUCUGUAUGUACAGACACACCCGCACCCACUUUGUCGUUUGGUUUUUCCUUCACCUGUGUGCGUGUGUGUAUGCGUGUGUGUACAAGUUGUACUCCGAACGUUCAAGUUGGCGAAGCUCGUAAAUCGGUGUUUACCACCGCGGACACCAGUUGUCGCGAAUAUUUUUAUAUUGUGAAAGGGGAUGAUCGAA